CGGAAGUGGAGGAGAUUAUCAUCAAAACACUGCUAAUCCCGAAAAUUCUCUCAAAAUAAAUCUGUUUUCAGUGUCGAGUCGUUAUAAACGCCGCCGAUAUUUCAUGUUUUUUUUCCCCCCCGGGAAAUCCUUGUAUUACCGAGUGGUUUUGUGAUGUAGUCGUUGUAAACGAAAGAAAAACUGAGUGUUUAUUUGUUGUUCCCACCGUAGAGUCUGGUUAUAUUUUUCAGAGCUGCUUCUCAUACAGGUUUCUCAGGCUGUAAACAGACUAUGGAUGUUUAUUCACAUUGACACCCCAAUGGAAGCUCCAGUCGCAGCUGCAGCUCCUUCCAACUUCUCUGCUGGUGCUACUCCGGUUCCCCUGCACCCAGCUGUUGCUCCAUCUGUCCAAGUUGGCUUCACUAUCCUUUACACCUGCCUCUACGCUGGCCUGUUCCUCGUGGUGUAUCUCCAGCUCUGGCUUCUGUUCAUUUACCGACACAAAAGAUGGAGUUACCAAAGUGUGUUUCUGUUCCUCUGUCUGCUCUGGGCCGGCCUCCGCACCACAUUGUUCUCCUUUUACUUCCAUAAUGCUCUGGAAGCCAACCACUUGCCUGUGGCCAUCUACUGGCUGUUGUACUGUUUCCCCGUGUGUCUGCAGUUCUUCACCUUCAGCCUUAUUAACCUGUAUUUCACUCAGGUGUUGCUUAAAGUAAAAGAGAUCUACAGCACCAAUGUGGACAGAGGAUUGUGGCUGGCACGCUGCACGUAUGCAGUGUUGAGCUCCAUCUUCCUCUGUGUCAAUGUGGUUUGUGCAGUUCUUGGGGACCUAGAUGACAGCAGGUCAGGGGAACGAACCUGGAAUCUGGUCCUGGUUCGAGUUCUAGUCAACGACUUGCUUUUCAUCCUGAAUGCAGUGUUCCUGGCCGCCUUGCUUUUGCUUCUUGCCCGUCACUCGCGCUCCAUUAGCCCCUACCUGAACAGUAAGGGCACCACAGUGUGCCGUACAGCAGCACUGGGAGCAGCAGUGAUCCUUUUGUUUACCAGUCGGGCCUGUUACAACCUGGCCGUUCUGGUUCUGUCCCAGAGCCAGCGGGUGGAGUCGUUCAACUUCAGCUGGUACAAUGUCUCUGAUCAGGCUGACCUGCGUAACGAGCUGGGUGACAGCGGGUACCUGGCCUUUGGUGCCAUCCUCUUCAUAUGGGAGCUGCUCCCAACCAGUCUGCUAAUCCUCAUAUUCAGGGUUCGCCGGCCUACUCAAGAGGUCAGCAGCGGAGCCGUCAACAACAGAAUUCUACCUCGUCCAUAUUUCUUCGAUGACCCUCAGGGGAGCGAGGAGGACUCACCUGUCCCGUGGGCCCACAGUUCAUUUUCAAGCUGGUACAGAUCCGAGACAACUCCUCUCCUGUUUGCCAACAAUCCUCAGGACCAGAAUCACCUGCACCACUCCUUCUACUCCACACCACAGAACUGACCCCGUGUCCGAACCGCCGUCCUCGAGGACAAACGGCAGCCAGUCAGGAGUGCCUCCCUCUGUGGACACAGUUUUUGCACUGCAAACCUCAGGAAAUCACCUGUACAUUGUCAUUUUUUAAUAGAACUACAGAUAUUAUAUUUUCAGUGAGCUGACUUUUCAAAGAUCAAAGGGAAGAUGCGCUGCAGGUCAUGAGCGCUGCACUCGGUGACGUCUUUAAGAGGUGAAGCUGAGGUUUUCUUAAAGUUUGUCUAGGAUGUGUUUAAUCAGUUCUCCUUAUACACACAACUGCUGCAUAAACAGUAACAUGUUGGGGUUCUCCAGCACACAGUCUGAAGUUAGUCAGCGCACAUCCAGCUAGGGGGGUGUCCGCAUCCUUGCCUUCAUCUCAUGGGAUACAUAAACAGUGCAAAGGUGGGAGCUGUGCACCAACAGGUUGGAUUUAUUUGGUCCAUUAUUCAUGGAUUUUCUUCUAAUUAUAGCUUGAAACCAACCAAUCAGAGCAUGACCUGGAAAACUCGGGUGCAAGGUGCACGGGACUGUGCUAUAGAAAGAUAUAAGUGAAAGGCCUGGAGAGGUUUCUGUUGAGGAAAGAGUUCCGAGUGCAUUGGGUGAGUGAGAAUCAUCUGGCAGAAAGACACAAUGCUGGAAGUUGCCAUGACAGUUGGAUUACCACCUUUUAGGCCACGGGCCAAGCAGGCUUUCUUUCAGUACCAUUUAAGGGGACUAAGCAACACGUUCAAUCCAGCCUCAGUGUGUCAUGGCCUACACAAAAAUGUACAGUGACCAUCCCAAUGUGGCAGCUAUAACCAGUGAGGGGUCAGUGAAGUAUCACACAGGGGUCACCAUUUAAAAAAAAAAAAAAUGCUACAGACAUUUUGAAAAAGUAUACCACCUUAUCUGACUGAUCAUAAAGAUUCCCAAAACGGU